GCACCUGACCUAGUGGACCCCAAAUCCGCCACUCACAGCAGCAAGCCCCGCCGCUCCUUCUCCGCCAAGUCAAUCACACUGAGCCCUACAGAGGAGUGUCAGGCCAUUGCCACGGUGAUGAAGUGGAAGACAGUGUCAGCCAUUUUCCUCCUGGUGGUUCUCUACCUGGUUGUUGGAGCUGCCGUCUUCAAGGCCCUAGAACAACCCCAUGAGAGUGCUCAGCGCCUGGCCAUCCUGACUCAGAAACUAGACUUCCUCUCUACACACUCCUGUGUAAACCACAGCCAACUGGAGGAACUGGUCAAGCAAGUGGUGUCAGCGAUCCGUUCAGGGGUGAACCCAGCCGGGACUCUGACCAAUCACAGCAGCCUCUGGGACCUAAGCUCCUCCUUCUUCUUCGCUGGAACCGUCAUCACUACCAUCGGAUUUGGGAACAUUUCCCCCCAUACGGAGGGAGGGCGUAUCUUCUGUAUCAUCUAUGCCCUUCUGGGGAUCCCUCUGUUUGGCUUCCUGCUGGCUGGAGUAGGAGACCAACUGGGAACCAUCUUUGGGAAGGCCACCGCCAGGGUUGAGAAGAUGUUUGUGCAGUGGGAUGUUAGUCAGACCAAGAUUCGUGUCAUCUCCACCGUUCUCUUCAUCCUGUUCGGCUGUCUGCUCUUCGUGGCGCUGCCGGCAGCCAUCUUUAAACACAUUGAGGGCUGGAGUGCCCUGGAGUCCCUCUACUUUGUAGUCAUCACCUUGACAACCAUUGGUUUCGGGGACUUUGUCGCAGGUGGAUCAGAGAUAGAGUAUCUGGACUACUACAAGCCUGUGGUGUGGUUCUGGAUCCUGGUGGGACUGGCGUACUUCGCUGCUGUUCUCAGCAUGAUAGGAGACUGGCUCAGAGUCAUCUCUAAGAAGACCAAAGAGGAGGUAGGGGAGAUCAGGGCUCACGCAGCAGAGUGGACGGCUAACGUCUCGGCAGAGUUCAAGGAGACUAGGCGUCGCCUCAGCGUCGAGGUCUACGACAAGUUCCAGCGAGCCGCGUCAAUCAAAAGCAAAAUGUCAUCCGAGCUGGGCCCAAACUCUGACCCCGAGCUCACCCCACCCAAAAGGAAGAUGUCCGUCAACUUCACCAAUGAAUUGGAUCGGGAGAAGGAGCCGGUGUCCCCGCCUGUUACCAAAAAUGGAAGUCCGAUCCUAAACGGGAAGCGGGUGGACCCUAAGAGAGGUGACAUUGCUAUUACACCUCAAGUAGAGAUCACAACCUUUCACCUCUGA